UAGUACGAAUUUGCGUUCGCAUCUCCGCGCUGCGCCAUUUCAGAGCAAACCCGACACACUGGAGACCGAAAUCGAGCAGAAACGCGGUCGACAAGCGCGCGAUACUCAAGAUCUAGUCAUGCAUCGGGAUUGUCCUCUGGACUGUAAGGUGUACGUGGGUAACCUGGGCAACAAUGGCAAUAAAUCCGAGCUGGAGAGGUCUUUCGGUUAUUACGGACCCCUGAGGAGCGUUUGGGUGGCCCGGAAUCCUCCCGGCUUUGCGUUCGUGGAGUUCGAGGACCCUCGCGAUGCCACAGACGCCGUCAGAGAGCUGGACGGACGGACUCUUUGCGGUUGCCGGGUGAGGGUGGAGUUGUCCAACGGGGAGAAGCGAAAUCGUAACCGGGGUCCGCCUCCAUCCUGGAGCCGACGCCCACGCGAUGACCACCGUAGACGUAGCCCGACCGCCAGACGCAGAUCUCCCAGGAAGAGGAGCUUCAGUCGUAGUCGUAGCAGAUCUUUGUCCAGAGAGCGCAGAAGGGAAAGAUCUCUGUCCCGUGACAGGAACCACAAACCCUCAAGAUCUUUCUCACGAUCAAGGAGUCGUUCCAGAUCUACCGAGAGGAAAUAAACGUGAUGGAACCUCGACACAGAUCAGGCAUCUUCAAGAAGACUUAAUCAUCCGUGUCUCCCGUGGUUGUUUUUUUACGCAGCAGUUAUUUUACAGUUUCAUUUGUUUUCUGUGGCAGCCUGUGUGUGUGUGUGUUAGCGGGUGUACGUCACUUUUUAUGUGACAUCAUUCCAUCUCGCACACUUUUAAGAAUCUUUUUUUAUUUGAUGUAAAAGCGGCAAUCUCCGUGUGAUUGGUCAGGUGGACUGAGAGUGGAAUCUGCUGCUCUGAACUGGUUCCUUUAGGUUUUAUUUGUUACUGUGUAAUGAGAGCAGCAGUGGGGGGGUGUAAUGGCACUAUAAUGACAGCAGGGGGAGAAAUGAAGAACAGCUUUCAUAUAUUAUUUUCCUUGUAGUGUUUGUACUGUUUAUAGUGUUGAUCUGAAUUAAAUCUCAUUACAAAACACUCA